GUCUUUGUCGUUCGCUAGACUUCACCAGCGUCAACAGUUUUCAAGACGAAGUAAAGUUCUCCUCGCCGUCCUUGUACAACCUGACGCCGCCCCCGCCGCCCUCCUCACGGCCCCCGCCCUACGAGAUGACCACCAACUUCAACACAGCAACUCUCUCCAAGUCUCUGUCUCUCAAUAAUGCUCAACAGCAGCCACUGGAGAACUACUACGCUGCCACAGACAUCAUCAAGAGAAGAGAACAACAUCUCACUCCAGGCAAGUUCACUCCUCUUAAGCUGCCAGAGGGAACCCCGGAAGAGAGUAAGCAACAUCCUGGAGAUAUGUCCAGACAUCGUCUGCGCGUCAUCGAGAAGUUGGGGGGAGGGGCUUUUUUGGAAUGGUAAAUCCACCUAUGUGAGACUGAUGGGGUACCUGAAUAUAAUGGCGUGUCUUCGUACCACAAGAAGCAGAUCCUGGUAAAGUCUCUGUGGCGAGGAUGUAGCGAGUUAACAAAGAAGGAGUUUUUACGUGAGACCAGUUGGUUGGCCAGCCUGCGCGACCCUAACCUGGUGCGAGUGGUAGGCCUGUGUAGUCAAGAAGAGCCUCUCUGUGUCCUGCAGGAACAUUGUGAGUUUGGCGACCUCCCGACGUUCCUGCAGCUGCAAGCUGGUGCUGGUGCUCAAGACGACAAUCCUGCGAUUAGUUAUGGCUGUCUGAUCUACCUAGCUACUCAGGUCGCUUCUGGUAUGAAGUACCUAGAAGCUUUAGAGAUAGUCCACAGAGAUCUGGCUGCAAGGAACUGCAUGGUCGGGAAGAACUACCAGCUGAAGGUGUCAGAUCAUGCGAUGUUCUGCAGCCAAUAUGAAGCAGACUACUACCUCAGUGACACCAAGGCCAAGCUGCCCAUCAGAUGGAUGGCUUGGCUCUCUCUUCUACUGGGAAACAACACGCCGAAGAGCGAUGUUUGGUCCUUCGCAGUGACCCUGUGGGAGAUACUGAUGUUGUGUGCUCAGAGACCGUUCGCCGAACUGACGAACGAGCAGGUGGUGGAGAACUGUAGUCACUGGUACCAGGGGGACGGACAGCAGAGGGUGGUGCCCAGGCCGGCGGCGUGUCCCAGGGAGAUCUACGACCUCAUGGGCGAGUGCUGGAAGCGGCAGGAGGGUGAUCGUCCUCGCUUCACCGAGAUACACCUCUUCCUUCAACGCAAGAACCUCGGCUUCGUCCCCGCCAUAGGAUAAUAAUACCACUGUCAAUCAUACAACCACGUACAAAUUGGUUUGUUUAAUUUUCCUUUCUAUUCCGAGAAAUAAGUAGGAGGCCUAUCUACUAUUUGAAGACUUACUCACUCCGUGUCUUUCUUGAGGUGAUAUGUGAUGUCGGAAAGAAUGAAUGAUAACCAGUUUUGUAACGAGGCUGUUAGGAAUGAAUGUUUUUUUUAGCGAGACAUACAAAUUUAUUUGGCGUUUAACUCUCGGUAUUCGUGCACGUACAUUUGUAUAUAAGCACUUUUACUAUCAAACUGUUACACGUUGAAAUUGAUUCACCUGGUCGAAUAAGUAUUUUGUAAAAAAAAAUUGAAAAUCAAAUAAAAUCGUGUAUUUCGGCGAGCGGCAUUUCCGUGUCGGUCGCCGCAACUCUUUUUACAGUAGAUUAUAUAAAUAAUGAUGACAGUGGAUAUUUUUGUCUGGUCGUGCGAGACUGAAGACCGACUGUGAAGACUGAAGAUCCACCGGUUCGGGCUCACAGCUGAAGUGAGGACUGUGUCAUGCUCAACUCAAUUUGUUCAGUGUUCCAUUGUAUGUAUUACGGAGUGUAUAUACUGUAUAUGUUUCUACUGAGCGCCUCUCUCUGUCGCACACUGUAUCUAUAUAUGUGAUUACGAGUUAUUUUUUUAACUUCGAAUGGUGUACUUAAUUAGUUGAAUAUUUUCUAUUUUCGUGGAAUCACACAAUCCUGCUCUUCCUGUCUAGUUAUAAGCUGUACAAUAAGACACAGAAUAGCAAUCUCUAAGGAUAGGGAGUCCCGGCGCUCUGUGACCAGAGCGUCACGACGCGCAGCCUACACCUAGCUUCUAACAUAAGUGAUUCUAGUUUCCUAUGUUUGUUAUCAUAAAUUAGAAAUGUUAAAUGUUUAGAAAGGUCGAGAUCAGGCUUGUACGUGUACUUUUUGCUUUUAUAUCCUUCUUUUUUACACGUUUUUCAAAGAUACAUAGACCAAUGAUUGGAGCGGAUUGCCAGAUCUUGUUAUCACUGUUACAUGUAUAUACAGUUUAGUAUUAGCCCACAUAUCCUUGUGUUUGUUUGCAUGUAGUACGGUACCGUAUGUAUAUAAUAGUAUAGUUACUGUAGUUUGGUUCUCUGGUGAUAUUUGACUCAACGAACCUGUUUAGUGUUUUAUUAUACUGGCUGGUUUCGCCGUACAUUUCAUUAGUCAUGUUUCAUUUAAGUGUUGUAAUAUUUUAAGGACUAAUAUUAUUCUAAAUCGUUACGCCCGUGGAAAGAAGAGAUAGAAAUUCUUCCAGUGACCAAUCCCUUGUAUAUACUGAAAAUUGUUAUCUAUACCUUAUAUCUUUUAAAUAAUCAAGUGCGGAUCUCUCCAUUUACCUAUUCGUUUACGUAUUCUAAUCUAGUUUUGAAGUUUAUUCUAAUAAGUUUAGGAUAACUAGAAAACAGCCAUGCUGGUGAUAGUGAUCAUGUAUGCUUGCCUUCAGUAUUAGACCAACAUUAAAAGCAUAGCUAUUCCAUAACGCCUUGUAAAUUUAAAUCGAUUAUGACAGAAAUAUUGUGUUGUUUCAGUGACAUAGUUGUAAAGAUUAAUCUGCAUAUCAUGUAAAAUAAAUAUAUUUAUUAUAUAAUUUAUAAUGAUAUAAUAUAGUUAUUACGUUAUUUGUAUUGUUUCUUCAACACGCAAUUUAUUUUUCGUGUCAUAAUAAAAAAUUUAGUUUUGAACGUAAAUUUGAAUAGCAUUAAGAGUACAAGGUUAUUAGAUUUUCUAACCUGUUAAGAAAGUUACACGAAAGUCGUACC